AUGAACAGCGACCCUGAGAAACAGUCACCGCAGGAGGAUGGCCUCUCGCGAAGCGCUUCGAACACGAAUGGCCGCGAGUUGCACAAAGGCCUUGAGGGCCGUCAUGUAACCAUGAUUGCCCUCGGUGGAUCUCUUGGUACUGGACUCUUGAUUGGAACAGGCUCUGCCCUAGUCAAAAGUGGCCCAGCGGGCAUCUUGAUAGACUACUCCAUUGUCGGUUGCCUCGUCUUUCUCAUCAUGGCUGCUCUCGGCGAAAUGAUAUCGUACAUGCCGCUCUCCCAAGGCUUUGGUGGCUAUGCCAGUCGCCUCGUCGACCCUUCCCUCGGCUUCGCGACCGGAUACUGCUAUUUCUUCAAAUACCUUCUUGCCACUCCAAAUCAGCUUUCGGCUUUGGCUUUGAUCGUCAAAUACUGGGUCGGCGACCGCGUUUCGCCCGCUGUCUUCAUCACUAUCGCUCUGGUCCUUAUUCUGUUGAUCAACAGCAUUAGUGUAAAGACAUUCGGAGAAUUCGAAUUUUGGCUCUCGUCACUCAAGGUGGUCAUCAUCUUGGGCGUUAUUUUCCUAUUAUUGAUUCUGGCGGCCGGCGGUGGCCCGACGGGCGAUUGUCCCGGGUUCCGCUACUGGAGCGACCCUGGCGCCUUUGCCGAGUAUAAGGUUGACGGAGCCAAGGGACGUUUCCUCGGGCUUUGGAGUGCAUUGGCGACCGCCGUCUAUGCGUUUUCAGGCACCGAGCUUGUCGGAGUCACCGUGGGUGAAGCCAAGAAUCCGCGCUUGAACAUGCCCAAGGCGGUCCGCAUGACCUUUUUUCGUAUUCUCUUCUUUUACAUCAUUUCUGUCUUUCUGCUCGGGAUGGUAGUUCCAUAUAAUUCUACUGAUCUGGCUUUUGCUGUGGGUUCCAAGACCUCGGCGGCGGCCUCGCCCUUUGUUGUGGCCAUCAAACUGGCCAAGAUCACGGGCCUCGAUCACGUCGUCAAUGCCUGCCUGCUUGUUUUUGUCUUCUCUGCCGCCAAUUCGGAUAUUUAUAUCGCUUCUCGUACACUCUAUGGUAUUGCAGCAGACGGCAAGGCACCCCGCAUCUUUACCUUUACCUCCAAAAACGGUGUUCCCAUUAUUGCUUUGGGCGUUUGCGGCGCCUUUUGCUGCCUGGCUUACAUGUCCGUUGCCACGGGUGGUGCUACGGUAUUCGGAUACCUAACCAAUGUUGUCACCAUUUUUGGCCUCUUGACCUGGGUUUCGAUCCUGGUUACUCACAUUUGUUUCCGCCGUGCUCGAACGGUCCAACGCAUCGACGCUGCUUACAUACCGUUUGAAGCACCCUUUGGUACCAUGGGCUCUUAUGUUGCAUUGGUCCCUUUGAUUGUUAUUAUUUUGACCAAGGGCGCAGAUGUCUUUGUUGGCCAAUUUGACUACAAGAACUUUAUUGUGGGAUAUAUUGGAAUACCCGUUUAUCUUGUCUGUAUCUUUGGUUACAAGCUUGUGAAAAGGCCCAGUCGCGUCACGUCGGCUACUGCAGAUCUGGUCACCGGCGUACCGACCAUGACGGUAGCCGAGGAAAGGGCACAGUUUGAAGCGGAAAGAAAGGAAAAAGAAGCUGCUCACUCCCACUCCGGCAUGCUGGUAAAAGUCUAUAGGAGGACAUUUGCGUAUCUGUUUUAG